GGGAGGUAAUGAAUGAAAAUCCUACUGCUUUUAAUUUCAUAAAGGGAAAAUAAUAUAAUAAUACUUCGCUAACUUUGUACAUUUCAAAAACUGAUCUUGACAGUGUAUGUGCCUUUAGCUAAUGUCAUUUGGUUCAGUUGGUUACAUUCUUGCCUUAGUCAAAAGGUUACCAGUUCAAACCCCUCAAGAGAAUUUCACCACAUAAUCCUAAACCUGAUUAGCAAAAACAUUCUUGACAAGUGCAUUCACUUUUGUUUGUCCAAGACUUAACUUUAGCACACAAUAUCAAUGUCACGUUAAUUACAUUUGGUCUCAUAACCUUCCUGUGAACUGGCUUAGAAUUUCCACUAAAUUAAAGGCUCUAAAAUAAAAGCUGAUUAUUGUUGUAGUAUUCAAGGUCCAUUUUCAAAUCCAAUGCACUCCAGACACCGCCCAAAUAAUAUAUAUGAUUUAUUAAUAGUCAUUGUUCAACCUACUAAAAUUAAUCAAUAUCUCGGGGAAGAACAGUACAGAUAAUUAUUGACUGUAUUUAGAUUCAGCUGGAAAGGUCAAACACAGUAAGUUUUAGAAAGCAGCAACAUUGAAGAGAAUUGUGUUCAGUUAAAAUUAUCCAUAGCAUAUGUUAGUGUCCCUCUUUGACAUGGAACAAGUCCUCGUAGUUCCAGCAAGUUAUCAGCUACAUGUAAUUCACUUUCAAGUUAAAAAGAGAACCUGAAAAGAAACAUGCUAAAAAUCAUAAAUCAAAGAAAACACUAGAAACUUUCAGGUCAGGCAGCACUUGCAGAAAACGUUCACAUCUGUGAGCACAAUUAAUCUGUUCACAUGUUGAUUGCCUUUAAGCAUUGUAUAUUUUUAUAAUGACAUUUUCAUGUCUUGCACUGUACUGCUGCCACAGAACAACAAAUUUCACAACAUAUGGCAGUGAUAAUAACUUGAUGUUGAUUCACUUCUGACAAACAAGUCUCAGACUUAAAACACUAAAUUAGUUUCUCCACCCAUGGAUUCUGGCUGGCCUACUUGAUGUUUUUAACAUUUUAGCUUUUAAUACACGUGAGAAAAUGAUUGGGUAGCAUUAUCAUUAUCAUUCCAGAACUAAUUUCAUACUUCCACAAAUUGAGGAAUUACUUAAGCUUUCAGUGCCAUCCUUUUAAUGGGUCCAGUCGAAUUAUCAAGUUCAAAUUGAUUGUCAUUUGACUAUAGUAGGUAUAUACAACCAAAUGACCACAGUGCACAUACAUUACAUAUCACACACAACAGAUUGAAACAAAAUAUUACCACAAAUAAGUUAAUCAAAAAUAUAAUUCAAAGUGCAUGUCCAGCCACAAAGGUAAACAAUAAACAACUCGCUGUUCUUAGCGCCAAGAGCUCAGUGGUAGCAGGGAAUUUCACUGGUCUCACAAUGAAUACAAAUUGCUUCUUAUCCAAUGUACAUUUAAAAUUCUGCAAAGAAAAUUUGUUCACAACCAUUUCUUCCCACUCUAACAACUCGACUUUCUUUUAUUGAUUUGAUAGUGAUUGAAAUACGUUUUGUGAUAGUACCAGACCUAAAGCAGUUUCAUGGCAAUGAAUUAAAAGAUGGACAAGGGACCCUGCCGCACUGAUCAUAACAAGUGAGCCCAUUUAAAGAGGCACUGUGAGAGAAACAAGCUUACAUUUUGGGAAUUGUCUUUUUGAGGGCUCGUUAGACAUGCACCGUUGGCUCUCUGCCAUCCGUCAGGUGAACCAGUUCCACACUUCCCGCCCCUCCCGGGACCCGAUGUGCCACAGCUCAGGCGUCCCGGAUGUGACGCUGCGCCGGCGCGAGCUUUCAAUCCAAAGGCGGUUGUUAACGGCCUGCGGUGCGCGUACGCGCUGCUGCAGGCCGCUCGUGACGAGAGCGGGGACGCGCGUUCCAACCAGGUCCUCGGGCGUCCGCGAUGUCGUUCGUCCGUUCUAACCGCUCGGUCCACUCGCAGGCGGCUGGGAAGAGCCGCAAGAAGAAGGGGAAGUUGGCCUCCACAAAGGAGUGGGACAGCACCAUCAAUGACCUGAGCGUUCACCGGGCCGACGCAGAAGAGCUGGCGCGGCGCCGCGAAGCUCGGGUGUCCCGGAACCGGGCCGCCGCGCAGUGGGAGCUCCGGCAGCGGACAGCGGCGAGCGGUGGGCAGAGGCGGCAGGUGGCGCGGACCCAGCAGCGGCCGGCGAUGGCCGAGUUGUUUCUUGAGCAGUGGCGGCUGCGCGACGUGCUGGCUCGGUCCGACCGCGCUCUGGCCAGGCUGCGGGAUCCGUUUGGCGACGCCCCACGGCUCCAGACCGGCUUCCCGAACGUCACCGUGGCCCCCGGCUGCGACCAGUUUCCCGCCGCGCAGCUGAUAGCGCAGCAGGGCGAGCCGCCCACUCAGCUGUCCCUGCUCAGCGAGUCGGUGAUGGACUCGCAGGCCCUCAAUGAAGCUUCCUACUGCAAAGAGCCGGAGGCAGGCAGUUCACUGUCCGCACAGCAUCAGGCCGGCGUUUACCUACUGGAACCGAAAACCCCCGAACCCCUAGGGGGCCGGCCCCAGACAUCGCCCACCUGGACCCCAAAUGGUGCCUCGGGUUUAAAUGCAACCGCAGCCAUCCAGAGGGUGAAGUCGAGGUUGGAAAGCAGAGCGGAGAAUGAUGCGGAUGCAAGUGACACAUCCCCAACGCAAACCUCGAGAGUAAUCCAUCAAGUACUUCAUCCGACUUCUAGAAGCUCUCAAAACGGCAUAUCAAAGGGCAAAGCCUGCGAUGCAUCUACCGAAAGAAUAGAAAACAAGAGGCCCCAGGACAGGCAGAUGAAUCUGGAAGCGCUGCAGGAAAUGAUUGAGGAAAUUGACAAGGAGCUGGUAGAAUUGGAUUGCCAAACAGAAGGCGAGGUUACCAGCUGGUUGCCCAAGAAAGGCCGCGGUUUAACAGGCUUCACUUUCUCAUUGGUAAGCUUGAUCAGCAGAUUGACCCAUUCUUUAAAAGUGUACAGAAUUCAGCAGAUGCAAGAGAAAGAAAACCAUCAGCAACUUCUGGAAAAAGCCAAUAAUCAGCAAGCACUGAUUGAUGCAUUAACAGCAGAAUUUCUAACAGUACAGAAUAAAUUUGUUUCACUACAGGCUAACCUGCAGCAAUAUGUAAUCAAGACAGAUGAAGAGCUGCAAUCACUGAAACAAAUGUUGCAUAGGUCUCCAAAAGCAGAAGCUGAUAAACCAAGACAACCCACAGCACAUGCAGUAGAACAGGAGAGUUUGUAUAGUUGUGCUUGCCUCAAGAAUCAAGGGAAUAUUCAGUCAAGUGUUUUACCACAUGAUGACGAGAGGCUUUUAAAAGGCCUGAACCAAAAGCAGCCCUGUGUUUAUCAGCACAAAGGGAAUCAGUUGGAGGAUGCAAGGAAAGGUCACAGUUUACCCGAGCAUCCAUUUGGUCCUGCUGUAUUACUUUCUCCUCCAAGACAGAGGAAUAGCCAAAUAGCAACUGGAUCACAAACCACAGUUAACUUGUGUCAGGAGUCCCCUAUGUCUAGCAGUGUAAAUACUCCCUCACAGAUUCUUAAAGAAGCCCCAGGUGUUCCACAAGGGGAAACUGACUUUGUCAGACAUUUAGCAGCACAGAACCAAGUGCCAGAUUGCCUGGGCCUUGCCCAACAAUUGAAGAUUUAUGAGCAUAUCAGUGAGCGUAAGAACUUGAGUCUCACUUCAGCUGUUACCAGUUUGCCAUGCAUGCAAACCGGAACUGUUGAUGACACUGCAAAACACGAUCUGAGAAAAAUAGAAAACAAUGUAGAAGCUGAAGACAGUCAAAAUCCUUCUAUGAAUAAUUGGCUGAAACAUAAAGCAAUGUUAGCUCAAAUUACGGAGCUACAGUUGCAGAAUUCUGCUCUCAAAGCCCAGCUUGGACAGUUCAAAAUAGGUAAAUUAUCUGAGCCAGCACCACAAAUUGAAAAGAUUAUUCCCAGCACUUGUGAAAGUCUUCAGCAAAGGAUUGCUGAGCUCAACCAUCAGAGUGCUGAAGCACGCAACAAACUUUUGCAUCUGAUUGAACAGCAAAGACAGAUUGUCUCUGAGUCAGUAUCGCCAGCCAUUUCUCCUAUACCACCCGAGGGUACGACAACAGGAGCUGGCAGCAAAACAUUGGAAGUAUUGAUUCCACUGCCCAGUGAAUUGGACUUUUCUGUGGGUAGCACACCUUCCCCUGCCAGUACAAUUAAUAGAAAUAGAUCAGUAGAUAACACUAGUACAGCUAGUUCCAUAUAUCACUUAAAUAAAGGUGAUGGAAAUAAGACACCUAUUACCCAAGGAACAAAGCCAGAAAGAUUGAAAGAAGAAGGUUGGUUUGCGCUGUCCACUCAUACCACCUGAUUCUAAGGAUUUGAAAUGGAUUGAUUUACGUUUGGAUAUUUGAGAAACAAGAGUUACCAUAUUUGUAGAAUAAAGUGUUGCAGAUGCUGGAAAUCUGAAACAAAAUGCACUUUGAGUGGUCAACACAAGAAUCACCAAUUUAUUUUUUUUUCCAGAGAUUUCCGAUUUCUUAUCGUUUGAGCUUUUGUGUUUUUGCUUUGCCUUACUUUGAAUGAAAGUGGAUAAAGUGCAAAUUGUGUGAGCAUGGAUAGUUGAAUAUUUUUCAAUUGUGCUGAUUGAUAUACAGACAAAAUGCAGGCAUUAAUGAAUCUACUGUAAUAGAAAGAAAUGAGUUGUGGCUUCCUUGUUUGCACUGUAGUCCUUUUAACUGACCAGUUUUCUAUUUGUUUUUAAGUUUAGGUUAUUCUCAAGCAGAAGAAGUGAUAGGUAAUAAAUUGGUAAUCCAUUUACAUCCUUCCAUUACUUUCAUUGUAAAUAAAUGUAAGAUGUAAAACAUGCUAAAUUACAAUCAAGUCUGGACUAAGGAGUUAUCAGUUUUUAAGAUAAAGAGAGCUUAUUUAAUAUGUAUUUUGUUACGUAUUAUACUGAUGAAAUAGAUUACAAUAUGGUUUAUACUUGGUACAUAAUAAAACUUCCACAAUAUGAACAGAAAUGGAAGAACAUGCCUAUGUUUAUGGUACUUAGCUCUAAGGAUACAAUGUAAUUUGUAAUAAGCUGUCGGAGCUCUUAGUUCAAGCGCUUUGUGGUCUACCUGCAUUAGAGCCACAACCCUUUGGUGAGAUAGGGACUUUAUGAUUUGGGUAUUGGAAGACCACCAGAAGCUGAAAGUUCAGGUGUUCAUGGAUACCACGGGGUCAGAGAAGAGAGAAAAAAGAGAAACUAAUUGGGGAUCUAGGAGAAAAGAAAUUGUAGGCAAUUAAUAAAUUUAGUAAUUUUUCUGCUAGGACUGAAAACGGAACUUGAAGUUCUGCAAUUGUAAAAAUGCUAUUAAUUGACCUAAAUGUCUGUGGUCUUCCUGUUCCAUGGUCAUUAUUUGUGUUGUUUUGCAAGUGUUUGUUGUGUUUUCUAUAUGUCAGUCCUCCCAUCCCAUCCUGGAUACAUCCCCAAUUGAUAGAUCUACCUGUGAGAACAAUAGAACCAUAGACAACCAUAGAAACUACAGCACAGAAACAGGCCUUUUGGCCCUUCUUGGCUGUGCUGAACCAUUUUCUGCCUAGUCCCACUGACCUGCACACGGACCAUAUCCCUCCAUACACCUCCCAUCCAUGUAUCUGUCCAAUUUAUUCUUAAAUGUUAAAAGAGAACCCGCAUUUACCACCUCGUCUGGUAGCUCAUUCCAUACUCCCACCACUCUCUGUGUGAAGAAGCCCCCCCCCAAUGUUCCCUUUAAACUUUUCCCCCCUCACCCUUAACCCACGUCCUCUGGUUUUUUUCUCCCCUUGCCUCAGUGGAAAAAGCCUGCUUGCAUUCACUUUAUCUAUACCCAUCAUAAUUUUAUAUACCUUUAUCAAAUCUCCCCUCAUUCUUCUACGCUCCGGGGAAUAAAGUCCUAACCUAUUCAACCUUUCUCUGUAACUGAGUUUGUCAAGUCCUGGCAACAUCCUUGUAAACCUCUGCACUCUUUCAACCUUAUUUAUGUCCUUCCUGUAAUUUGGUGAUCAAAACUGAACACAAUACUCCAGAUUCGGCCUCACCAAUGUGUUAUACAACCUCAUCAUAACAAUCCAGCUCUUAUACUCAAUAAUAAAGGCCAAUGUACCAAAAGCUCUCUUUACGACCCUAUCUACCUGUGACGCCACUUUUAGGGAAUUUUGUAUCUGUAUUCGCAGAUCCCUCUGUUCCACUGCACUCCUCAAUGCCUUACCAUUAACCCUGUAUGUUCUACCUUGGUUUGUUCUUCCAAGGUGCAGUACCUCACACUUGUCUGUAUUAAACUCCAGCUGCCAUUUUUCAGCCCAUUUUUCCAGCUGGUCCAAGUCCCUCUGCAGGCUCUGAAAACCUUCUUCACUGUCUACUACACCUCCAAUCUUUGUAUCAUCAGCAAUUUGCUGAUCCAAUUUACCAGUUUAAAAUGGAGCUUUGAUAUUUUAA